CGAGAACCUAUUGUCAUAUGAAAUAAUUAUACUGCAGCUUACAUCAGAGAAAUUCCGCUCCAGUAAUCAAGACUUCACUCUCCUUUCUUUGUUUUCACUUCUUGUAUUCUUCAUUCACUCCUUUCGCGAUGGCGUCCGCAAGUAGUCUCCCUAUAAAAUUGAUAGCCUUCACCACCGCCUUGGUGCUGGGGGCUUCCGCAAGUCGCAUCAACUUACGAACACUUAUCAUCAACACUUUCACUGGGCCCGGCAUGUAUUCGAGAAUAGCCGCAGCUCUACUUGUACUUGCAAACCUCAAGAAUGUCCCUUGGGCGUGGCAUUACCGCGUCUUCCAGGGUAUCCUCUACCACUGUCUAUUCAACAAACCGAACAUACCCCUUGAUAUUGCACCUUCGACACUCUUCCUCCCUGUCAUAACGAGCUCAUACUCCCCAUUGCUGGAAUGCGACUAUAAUUUCCACAAAUCGAACUCCACAUACUUCUCCGAUUUAGACGUCACACGAUCACAUCUAAUAUGCGCCCUCAUCCAGCCAGGCAUUGAAAAGCUACAGCACAACGCGCGAGAGAAGCUUGUCCUGGACAAGGAAGGCAAACCAGUGCUGGGAAAGUGGUCCAUCAUGCUAGGAGGCGUAAUGACAACUUUCAAACGGGAAAUCGGAAUGUACCAAGGUUAUGAAAUGUGGUCUCGACUACUCGCUUGGGAUCGCAAAUGGGUCUACAUCGUUACUCACUUUGUGAAGAAAGGAGCUGUCAAGCCGAAAGAAUAUAUCCUGACGGAUGGGAGCUGGUUUGGGAAGGGCAAGAAGUACCAGAAAGUUAACCAGAACGGUCACGCCAGCGAAGCUACAGGCGAGGAUUUGGACGAGAAGGCAAUUUUCGCGAGUGCUAUUAGCAAGUAUGUCAUCAAGCUGGGAAGAUUAACGAUUCACCCGGAAGUUUCGCUGGAAGCUGCUGGAAUGCUCCCACCGAAACCGGGCGGAUGGGCAACGAUGACCAACUCGGGGGAAUCGACACCAGAGACGUUAGAAGUGGUAGAAACAGACGAUGCAGCUCAAGAGAGCAGUACUGGUGAUGAAUGGAACUGGAAGAGAAUAGAGGAGAAGAACAAUCAAGGUCUAAAGCUUGUCGAGCAUUUUGCGGCAUUAGAUGGAUUACAUGGGGAGUUUUCGGGGAGCAAGGAACCGGCGUUGGGAAGGUAUAGAGAUUUCCUCUGGUAGGGAAAGAGAAUUGUGAAGAUUGAGCGCUGGUUUAGAUUAUCGGGGUGAGGUAGACCAAUUAGAUCUAAUGAAUGUUUCACUCAGCCUUGUCCCAGGGUAAGGAGCAACAAGCGCUUAGAGACUUCCGAGUGGAUCUGGG